AUGGAGGAAUCAGGCGCUGACGCGGCUGCCCGCCCGCUGCGCAUCCUCGCUGUCGCGUCUUUCGUCCCGUCCUUUGCGCUGUGCAUUGCCCACGGCGUCCUGUCGCAUAAACCUGUUCCCGCUGUUGGACUGAUCCCGCAGGCCUUUUCCGUUGCUACGUCGAUCGCGCUGCUACGUGCUGCCAGAAGCCACCGCCAGGAUGCCGACGUCGAGUCUAUUGGAUCCGCACACGGCGGCUUUUCCAUCCGCGCCGUCUUGACGCAUCCCAUCUUGGUGUUUCUCCACGACGUGAUACUUGCUGCGGCGUUGAUGAUCGUCCUCGUCUUCACAUGGACCCACCAUGGCCGCUCAGCUUCGCUUAGUAUGCUAGCUGCCUAUGCGACUCUGCCUAUCCUGACAAGCUUCUUCUGCCACCUCUUUGCUGCGACUCUGGCCGUCUACCAGGGGCUCGCUAUUCACGGCUACUUACAGUGGGUUGCCUGGCAAAUUCUUCCCGCAGACUGUCCAAACUGCGAACACCACCUACGGCCUUCUUCGCUGCCUGAGAUCCCCUGGCUUCAGAGUAUCAAGAAUUUGAAUUUGGGUCUAAGAUUUCCGUGGCACCGCAGUGAUGCUCCCUUGCUAGCUCCCUCUACCUUCCUGGACGAAGAUGCCCCUGAGCGCUACCGCGAUGAUCCGGAAGACGAUGAGCCUACCCCACAGCCCGUGGCCGUUGAGGUGCGAUCGAAGCGGAACCGUAAGAACAACACCGCUCCUAUACCAUCCUCGGAAGCUGACUUGCUCGGGGACUCGUCUACGAGAGAUGACUAA